AUGCAGAAAUCACGGGAAAUGCGGGACGAACUCCCCGAAGAUUUCUACAUCCCCAUGACCCUGGACACCACCAACCUGACGGCGCUGAGCCCUUUCCUGGUCCCCCAAACCCACCUGGGUAGCCCCGGGAUCUUCAGGGCCAUGGCGGCCUUCAUGUUCCUGCUGAUCGUCCUGGGCGUCCCCAUCAACGCGCUGACCGUCGUCUGCACGGCCAAGUACAAGAAGCUGCGGUCGCACCUCAACUACAUCCUGGUCAACCUGGCGGUGGCCAACCUGCUGGUGGUGUGCGUGGGCUCCACCACGGCCUUCUACAGCUUCUCCCAGAUGUAUUUCGCACUGGGGCCGCUGGCCUGCAAGAUCGAGGGGUUUGCAGCCACGCUGGGAGGGAUGGUGUCCCUGUGGUCCCUGGCCGUGGUGGCCUUCGAGCGCUUCCUGGUCAUCUGCAAGCCCCUGGGCAACUUCACGUUCCGGGGUAGCCACGCGGUGCUGGGCUGUGCCAUCACCUGGAUCUUCGGCCUCAUCGCCUCCGUGCCCCCCCUCUUCGGCUGGAGCAGGUACAUCCCCGAGGGGCUGCAGUGCUCGUGCGGCCCGGACUGGUACACGACGGACAAUAAAUGGAAUAACGAGUCCUACGUGAUUUUCCUCUUCUGCUUCUGCUUCGGCUUCCCCCUGACCGUCAUCAUCUUCUCCUACGGGCGGCUGCUGCUCACCCUGCGCGCGGUGGCCAAGCAGCAGGAGCAGUCGGCCACCACGCAGAAGGCGGAGCGGGAGGUGACCAAGAUGGUGGUGGUGAUGGUGCUGGGGUUCCUGGUGUGCUGGCUGCCCUACACGUCCUUCGCGCUCUGGGUGGUGACGCACCGGGGACACCCCUUCGAUGUGGGGCUGGCCUCCAUCCCCUCCGUCUUCUCCAAGGCCUCCACCGUCUACAACCCCAUCAUCUACGUCUUCAUGAACAAACAGUUCCGCUCCUGCAUGCUCAAGCUGGUGUUCUGUGGCCGGAGCCCCUUCGGGGACGAGGACGACGUGUCCGGCUCGUCCCAGGCCACGCAGGUGUCCUCGGUGUCCUCCAGCCAGGUGUCCCCGGCGUAG